AUGGUGCUGCACCGUGACAUCAAGGCCAGCAACAUUAUGCAAGAUGCCAACUUGGGUGCUCGUCUCAGCGACUUCGGUAUCGCCUGCACGGUGGCUGGGGACAGGAGCUCCGUCACCGGAGUCGCCGGCACCUGGGGCUACAUAGCGCCGGAAUAUGCAAUGAGCCAAAGGGCCACACGCCAGACUGACAUCUUUGCAUUUGGGGUGGUCAUCCUCGAGGUGGUUACAGGCAAGAAGAACAGGGAUGUCCCAUCUGACGAUGGCCACAUCUCCAUUUGGGUCUGGCGGCUUUAUGGGGAGGGGAAGUUGCUCGAGGCCGUGGACAAGCAUCAGCUGGCCUGUCGGACCCUAUUUUCGAGAUCAAUUGUGCUUACCAUAUCAGUCCCUAGAUUAGUAGUUGAUACACACAGAUAA